UUGCAACUACGCGCUGAACGCGAUUUCAUUUGCGGAUUUUUGCCUUGACACUUGGCACGGGAAAAUCGCGAAAAAGUCGCGAAAAUUGCCCGAGUUUAGUCGCAAAAAAUCGAAUUUUCGUCCCUGGUUAUCGUGGUGAGCGGGUGCAGUUGUUUGCAAGUGGCUUGGAGUUGCAAAGUGAGGCAAAAAUGGGCGGUUGCGAGGCAUGCCUCCUGAAGAGAUGUUGCUGUUGCGGAUCUCUUCGCACGGGGACUUUGGUGGCUGGCGCUGGGGCCAUUAUUUUGUCCAUCAUCACAAUAAUCAUCAUCGCUCUAACCAUGUGCGGAAUCAUCAACUUCCAAUUUAGGAUGAUUGUGCUGGAUUCCAUUCUACCAGAACUUGCUAUCCAAAUAAUCCUGAUAGUAAACCUAUGCCUGACCAUCAUACUGUCAAUCCUGCUCAUAGUAGGAACCAUAAAGCGCAACUUUUACUUAAUGAUGCCUUGGGUGGUUCUUGGAGGAAUGUUAAUCAUCGGUUUACUGGUGUCCGUUAUCGUAACUUCCAUUCAUUUCUACAGCAAGAACACGCCCAAUGAUAACUUCAAUGGCACCCUGUGGCUGAUACUGGGACUGAUUACAUUUGUGGUUUACACCUACAUGUGGCUGGUUUCAUUCAGCUUCUUCUACCAGGUGUGGCAGGAGGCCAAACGGGGCGCCUACACCAAAGACCCGUUCAGAAGACGGUACUAAAAACGUUUUUUGAAAUGUCUUGAAAAUUCCUCCAGCUUGCACGCAAAAGCGGGUUUCGAGUUGUUUUUUCGGUAGUAAUUGACGGUUUAAAACCCGAUUUUUUGCGAUUUGUUGACCAAUUUAUCUUCACUCCACUUAAAAAAUGGUCAAUUCCAUGCCUGAAAAUUUUCUCGGUAAGAUGCUGUUAUUAAUAUAACUAAUCAUCGUUUACGCCAAUGUUUGCCAUAACUAGAUUAGUUGGUUUAUAUGAAUAAUUAGUAUUUAUUUUUACUUGUGUAAGUCAAUUUAAUAUAUUCAACUAAUACUACAUUAUAUAAAGAAUGAUCUUGCUGUAGGGUAAAUAAGUAGGGUCUUGCAUGUAUGUAGAAAAUUGAUGUGUUAAUUGCUGGCACCCUCAGGGCCUAUUUUCACUCCUCAGUUGGGUUUAGCCUGAAAAUAACACUCUAGAAACCUGAACUGGUACUUUACAUCGCGUUUUGCGCCGAUAUUUUACAUCGGCGAAAUUUAGCAUCUAUGGAGAUUUUUACCUUCUUACAACAAUACGUUGGUUAUGUAUUUGAACAAACAGCAAAUGAUAUAUUUUUGUAUUUUUUUGUUUCUGUAACUAAUGCAAAUAUAAUUUUAUUUUGGUAUGA